CUCCUCGUUCCUCUCUUCCCCCACCAGACCCCGCCUCACUUUCAAUCAUUGGUCGAGCGACCUGUUCUUCGUAGUUUUCCCCGCCUUCCGUAGAUCCUUUCGUGCUCUGGGAUUGGGCAGAGUGGCGAAAAGGCGUGUUCCUCGGGCCUUGGGCCGUGUCGGCGCAGCUCCCUCCCCUCACCAACCCUUUGGCGGUCACCGGUGGGGUUAGCCUGCCUCGUCACCGACUUCGCUACCCCCCCCACGACGCCGCCCCGCCCAUCCCUCCGGCGCCACUUGGGUUCGCCUCCCUCCUUCGGGCAACAUGAGCGACCAUGAUAUUUCUGAAGAAAUGGUCAUUGUCAAGACUGAGAAGAUAGAUGAAAGCAGCAAUAAUGAUGGAGGAAAUGGUGAAGGCCAGGAGUCCCAGCCUUCCCCUUUGGCUUUGCUGGCAGCCACAUGCAGCCGGAUUGAAUCUCCCAACGAGAAUGCUGAUGGUUCACAAGGACAUCAGGGGAGCUCCAGUGAACUGGACCUGGCUACUGCUGCAACUCAGAUUUCCCAGAAUGGCUGGCAAAUAAUUUCCACCCCCUCUGGGACCGCCGACUCUUCUAAAGACCAGGGAAGCAAUAACAAUGAGGAGAAUGAUUCAUCGUCCAAAAACCGGUCUGUGACGGCUGGGCAGUAUGUGGUUUCAACCACCUCCAGCCUACAGAAUCAGCAAGUCCUAACAGGCUUGUCGGGAGUCAUACCCAACAUUCAGUAUCAGGUGAUCCCCCAGUUUCAAACCGUGGAUGGACAGCAGCUGCAGUUUGCUACCACUCCCACCCAAGUCAGUGUCCAGCCAGAUGCCUCUGGUCAAUUGCAGAUCAUUCCUGGAGCGAAUCAGCAGCUCAUCACCAACAGAUCUGGGACAGGCAGUAUCCUGGCUGCCAUGCCAAAUCUUUUGCAGCAGGCUGUCCCCAUCCAGGGUGUGAAUGCACUCUCAGGGCAGACUCAGUAUGUCACUAAUGUCCCGCUUGCUUUGAAUGGCAAUAUAACCUUGUUGCCUGUGAACAGCAUCUCUGCCAGCCUGGCACCCACUUCUCAUUCGGUUACCCUUAGCAGUUCUGGCUCCCAAGAGAGCAGCUCUCAGCCAGCAACAUCGUGUGUUUCAAUCAGUUCCUCCAGUGUGGCUGCUUCCCAAGCCAACUCUGGCUGUUUCUUUACCAAUGCCAAUAGCUAUAAUGCCACUAACACAACAGGUAACUUGGGCAUCAUGAAUUUUUCCACGGGUGGCACUGUCGGAACAAAUAUCCAAGCACAGACACCUCAGAGGACAAACAGUGCUCAAAACACUGAUGGUCUGCAGGUUGCUGUUCAACAAGGGCAGCAGAAGGAUACUGAUCAAAACCAGCAGCAGCAGCAGCAAAUUCUAGUGCAACCACAACUUCUACAAGGAGGACAAGCUGGCCAGACAUUUACUACCCAAGAUGCCUUGCAAAAUCUGCAGAUCCAGGCUCUGCCCAAUGCUGGUCCUAUCUUUAUCCGAACACCCACCGUGGGGCCAAACGGGCAGGUCAGCUGGCAGACGAUUCAGCUGCAAAAUCUUCAGGUUCAGAAUCCACAAGCUCAGACAAUCGCUUUGGCUCCAGUGCAAGGAGUGUCCCUGGGACAGACAGGAAGCACCAACACAACACUCACACCAGUAGCUUCAGCCUCACUGCCCAGUGGCACGGUCACUGUCAAUGCUGCUCAGUUAUCUUCUGUGCCAGGUCUUCAGACCAUUAAUCUUGGGGCCCUGGGAUCAGGAAUCCAGGUUCAUCAGCUGCAAGGGCUUCCACUCACUAUAGCAAAUGCCACGGGUGAUCAUACUGCCCACCUCAGCCUUCAUGGCACUGGCGAUGGUCUGCCUGAUGAUGGAACCAUGGAAGAAGGAGACACUAGUCCCGAUGCCCAACCACAGCAAGGCCGCAGAACACGUAGAGAAGCAUGCACGUGCCCCUAUUGCAAAGACAACGAAGGAAGGAGCUCCGGGGAUCCAGGAAAGAAGAAGCAGCACAUUUGCCACAUCCCAGGCUGUGGGAAAGUGUAUGGGAAGACCUCUCACCUGCGAGCCCAUCUUCGGUGGCAUACUGGGGAGCGGCCCUUUGUGUGCACCUGGAUGUUUUGUGGCAAACGCUUCACACGCAGUGAUGAACUGCAGCGACACAAGCGGACACACACAGGAGAGAAGAAAUUUGCUUGCCCGGAGUGUACAAAGCGCUUUAUGAGGAGUGAUCACCUCUCCAAGCACAUCAAGACCCACCAAAACAAGAAGGGACUGGCACCCAACAACAUGGCCGUAGAUGUGUCUGCCGUCUCCAUGGACACCGGGGCUUCUGCAGAGGGCACUGGGGGAGCAGCACCAUCAGCCCUCGUUGCUACCAACAUGGUGGCCAUGGAAGCCAUUUGCCCUGAAGGCAUCGCCCGCCUGGCCAGCAGUGGCAUCAGCGUGAUGCAAGUGGCAGAUCUCCAGUCAAUCAACAUCAGUGGCAAUGGAUUCUGAGGCACUGCAGAGGGCAGUGAUGUUGCGCAAGCACAGGAUUCUGGAGGUAGCGAUGGGUCCAAGGGAUGAGAUCUUUCCUUACAAAAGUGAAUGAUGGGGGAACUCAGCUGCACUCCCCCAUCCCCCCCAGCCUGCAAACCCCAUGUCAGUAUCCCAGAAUAAGGCUGUUUGCUGUUCAUGCCAUCCCUCUGAAUGCCUGUUCUGAAUGCCCGAGGGAAGUAACGACAGCUCAGCACACUCUUGACUAAUUUGGGUUUUCUUUCCCUUCCCUUUCCUAUAGAAGCCUCCACACCCUUCUUAGGUACCCCAAAUGCCAUCAUGCCUUGGUUCUAAAUGUAUAUGGAUCACUGAAAUACUUUUUAGCAGAAAAAAGAAUCUAUAUUAUUAUUAUAUUAUUAUUAUUAUUGUAAUUAUAUAAAGGUAUAAAAUAUGUUCAUUUUGAUGAGAGAAGUUAAAAUUGCUGUGACCAAAGUUUUUGGUCAUCAUUUAGAUGCCUUAACUUGGAACUCCUUGAGCUGUUUAGGCAAUGCUCAGGCUUAUGUUCAGAUGCUAUAUUGUGUUUUAUAUUGUAAUUAUAACAACAUAAAUUAG